AUGAUCUCCGGCAUUUACAAAGUAUUCUUUCUGGGUCUUUUGUUCUCGGUAUGGAAAAUAUUGGCCAAACGAUACCUGCAUCCCCUUAGCCGCUAUCCUGGCCCGUUUCUUUGGAGCGUAUCGAGGGCCCCUUAUGCAACCGCCUACGCUCAGGGCAAGCUGCACAAGCGGAUUCAGCGCCUUCACGACCAGUAUGGGCAGGUUGUCCGUGUCGCACCUGAUGAAUUGAGCUACCAGAACGAGGAAGCAUGGAAAGACAUAUAUGGCCCCUCAAGGAACUUUCCAAAGGACAUGCGCUUUUACCACAUGUCCAAGAGUAAAGCCCCAAGUGUGGUGGUCGCUCCUGAUAGCAUCCACGGUCGGCAGAAACGCGCAAUUCUCCGUGCAUUUUCAGUAUCCGCACUUGAGUCUCAUGAACGACUCCUGUGCCCCUUUGUGGACACUCUCAUUCAAAUGCUCCAUCCCAAGGCCGGAAACAAGCAGAGAGUCGUAGAUAUGACAGAAUGGUACAAUUAUGUCAUGUUCGACUUUAUGGCCUUCGAGCUGUUUGGUGAGUCGUUACACUGCCUUGAAAAAGGGGCCUCUCAUACCUGGGUGGAUAUGCUUUUCGGGUCUAUCAAAGCAUGGGCCUUCCUCAGCCAAUCUAAGUAUUUCCCGUCACUUUCCUGGAUUAUCAAAGCUGCCGUGUUCUUGUUACGUCGUGACCUGUUCCAGCAUCGGUCCACAAAGUUCGCCUUCAUUUCGUCCAAAGUCCAUGAAGACAGCGUGUCUGAAUCAAACCAUCCUAACUUUGGCACAUAUAUCCGAGCUAGUAAUGACCACAAGUCAACUCUAUCCAGGGAAGAGAUCUUAUCUAAUUACAGCUUUAUGAUGAUGGCGGGCAGUGAGACUACGGCGACCCUUUUAUCGGGUUGCACAUUUUUCAUACUGAAACAUCCGGAGAUAUACCAGAAGCUUUCCUUCCAAAUACGGCACCGCUUCUCCUCUCGGAUUGAGAUAACAUUCUCAUCAUUAGCCGAUAUGCCAUACCUACGCGCUAUCCUCCAGGAAUCACUGCGUAUGUACCCACCUCUACCGCUUGGUAUGCCGCGGGUUGUACCUAAAGGAGGCGCUCUGGUUUCAGGGCAGUUUGUCCCAGAGAAUACGUCUGUGGCUGUUGCUUCUUGGGCGGCCUACCAGUGCUCGUCAAACUUUAGGGAUCCCCAGUCGUUCAUUCCAGAACGCUGGUUAGAUACUGAUAUUGGAGGUGACGAUGUUAAAGAGGCUAUGCAGCCCUUCUCGACUAGCAUUUGGGGAGGCCAGCUUAAUCCUAGCCCGAUUAAUAUGGGUGUUUGA